AGUAAAUAUGUGAAUCUGAAGACUUGAAGUGCUACGCAGUCAACGUGAGACCCUUCAGGAACCGCGCUGUGCCCCCCACUCCCUCUGAACAAAUCCCUGUCAACGUUUUUCAGCGCGUUAUACCUAAAAACCCUGCAACGCGUUCAGCUGUUUUCCCGAAACGAUGUUCGGGUGAUUUUUGAGUUUGAUCUGACCACGUACAUCGUUUAAAAGGGGAGAACACCGAGAGACCCACAACACGCAAGUCUGUUGAUCCGGAUGAACGAACUGUUGAGAAAGUAAAAACUUGCAACAGAGUUCUCUCGCGGACAACUUCUCUGGAGCUGAGGAGACAGCAGAAGCUAUGGCUUACUCUCUCUUGCUCAGUCUGCUCUACCUGGGCAUGCUGUGUGGAAACGGACUGGUGUCUGCAAGAUCUGAGCUGUUCACUCCAGAUCCAAGCAGAGGACCUCAUUUUACGGGCUGCCGCUCCAGAGAGCAGGAGACCUUCCGUUGCUGGUGGAGCGCUGGGAUCUUCCAGAACCUCACCGAGCCUGGGGCUCUCAGGGUCUUCUACAUGACAAAACAUGCCCUCUCUGAGUGGCAGGAGUGUCCAGACUACACACGUACUGUGAAAAACGAGUGCUACUUCAACAAGACCUUCACACAGAUCUGGACCUCCUACUGCAUUCAGCUGCGCUCAGUUCGUGAGAACAUAACCUAUGAUGAGGCCUGCUUUACGGUGGAGAACAUAGUGCAUCCUGACCCGCCAAUUGGGCUGAACUGGACUCUGCUGAAUGUGAGUCGCUCAGGGUUGCACUAUGACAUCCUUGUGCGCUGGGCUCCCCCUCCGUCAGCAGAUGUGCAGAUGGGCUGGAUGAGCCUGGAGUACCAGGUUCAGUACCGGGUCAGAAACAACUCCCACUGGGAAAUGCUGGACCUGGAGAGUGGCACACAGCAGUCCAUCUACGGUUUACAUACUGACAAAGAGUAUGAAGUCCGGGUGCGCUGCAAGAUGACAGCCUUUGACAACUUUGGUGAAUUCAGUGACAGCAUCAUUGUGCAUGUGGCACAGAUACCAAGCAAAGAAUCAACGUUCCCGACGACGUUGGUGUUGAUUUUUGGAAUGAUUGGAGUGGUGAUUCUUCUUGUCCUCCUCAUCUUCUCUCAGCAGCAGAGGUUGAUGGUAAUAUUUUUACCACCUAUUCCUGCACCUAAAAUUAAAGGCAUCGACCCAGAGCUGCUGAAGAAUGGAAAGCUUGACCAGCUCAAUUCUUUGCUGAGCAGUCAGGAUAUGUACAAGCCGGACUUCUACCAUGAGGAUCCAUGGGUGGAGUUCAUCCAGCUGGACCUUGAUGACCCUGCAGAGAAGAAUGAGAGCUCUGAUACACAACAUCUGCUGGGCUUGUCCCGCUCAGGCUCUUCUCACGUCCUGAAUUUCAAAAGCGACGACGAUUCAGGUCGUGCUAGCUGCUACGACCCAGAAAUCCCAAAUCCCGAGGACUUGGCUACCCUUCUGCCUGGCCAUUCCGGACGGGGAGAUAACCACCCACUGGUUUCCAGAAGCAGCUCGUCCAUCCCUGACCUUGGCGUCCAACAGACAUCAGAAGUUGAGGAGACGCCCAUUCAAAAGCAACCCGCUGUGCCCAGCUGGGUUAACAUGGACUUUUAUGCCCAAGUAAGCGAUUUCACACCAGCAGGAGGAGUGGUGCUUUCACCUGGACAACUGAACAGCUCUCUGGACAAAAAGAAGGAAGAAGAGAAUGAGAAGAAGAUACAGUUCCAGCUGGUUUCCGAUGGAGCCUACACCUCAGAGAACACAGCCAGGCAACUUUCUGCCAACGUGCCGUCCAGCCCUGGUCCUGAGCAGGGGUACCAAACAUUUCCAACCCAAGCUGUUGAGGGGAACCUCUGGAACGGGGAGUACCUGGUGUCCACCAGUGAUUCCCAGAUGCCUUACCUCCUUCCCGAAGCUCCUCCAUCCCCCAUAUUGCCCCCCGUGUCAGACUAUACUGUGGUGCAGGAAGUGGAUGCCCAGCAUAGCCUCCUCCUGAAUCCUCCUUCCUCACAGCCUGCGAUAUGCCCUCACAGCCCAAACAAACACCUCCCAGCAAUGCCAACCAUGCCCAUGGGAUAUCUCACCCCAGACUUUCUGGGAAACCUGACCCCGUGAAGGAACUAAAAGGUGCAAAGUUCAUGGUCUUGUUGUACUGUACCUUCUCACUGCUGGAAACCAAAGUUGCAUGAAUGGCGCGACACGGGAUGGAAAUCCUGCACAUUAAUUUUCUCUGCUGUACGCUACAAAAUGGAAGGAGCUGAAAAGGUUUAUUUUCUGUUAGCUGUUGCAGUAGUGCUACGCUAGCUCGCCAAGAGAGUUUAAAUGUGUUAGCAUUUUACAAUCAGAAACAUCAGCUGGUUACAUGCAAAAAAAAAAAGAAAAAAAAAACACUACAGAAAUAUGCUCGCUUGCUGUGUCAGAGAACCAUUUAGAAAAUGUGUUUAUUUUAUUACAAAGAUACAGAUCUAGAGCUACAGUGGCAUUGGGAUGAAACAGAUUCAAUGAGAUAAAUCCAAACAUAUCUUUAAACUAAAUUGUUUACACACAAGUGAAAGUCGUAUCGCUUUACUGUGAUUUCCUCAACCUGGAUUUGCUCGCAUACGGAAUUUUACAAAUAUUCCAUUGCAUCAUAUUAAGGUUCCCAAAAAUAUUUUUCUUGAAAUCAAAUUAUUUGAGUUUUGUGGACGAGUCGAUAUUUUUUUAUCUUGUUAAGGGAACCUGCUUCCUCAGAUUUAUGGGAGCCGUUUUGAGCGCUGCAUCCGUUCUGCACAUUUCAUCCUCUGCCAUAGCCAGAUGGAUAAACUCAGAAAAAUGAACUUUUUCAGUAUGCUAAAACACUAAAAAAUAUAUAUAAAAUAUAUGAGUGUAAUAUUUGAGAUCAUUACUAGAAAAUGUUGAGACUAUUUUUUGUAAUUAUAUUAGCCCACUGAACAAGGUGUUACCUUUGCUUGUUCAAAAAGUGACAAAUGAACUUGUCUUUAUUUGUAUUAAUGUAUCCAGGGGAAUUGUGAAAAGACGGCGCUUGUAGAGUCUUUGCUGUGCAAUGCAAACUGUAUGGCAAGUUUUCUUAUGUGUUAUCUUUGUGCAUGUAGCAGUUUUAUAUUGAAGAAGACACUAUAAAUGUAUAUGUGCAUUUACAAUGGGAGUUACAUUACAGGAUAGCUGGGAAAGAUGUGCCAAUUUUUGGACUUGUUUUAUUAGACAAAGACUUGCCAUUAAAUAAGGCUAUAAUUCUUGUCAGGACAGUUAAUUGUGUGAUGUCCUCUAGAAACAGCACCACAGCCUCAAAAGCUGCUUUUAACUACAGCUCUUUUAUGAAAUCAUGCAUUAUAAUAGAAGAAAUAAUAACUGGAGAAUUAAAAACUUUUUUUUUUUAUUUACAACAAUUGACUUUCAAGAGUUCUCAAGCCACCCAGUCUGUGAAUUUCUCACAAAUGUAAUUCUGUGCUGUUGAUAAGUUUGUACAGAAAAAGUAUUGCUUGUUAAGUUGUAUAGAUGAGCUUAUUUUGAGCGCUUUGUGACUCUUACAUGUUCUCUGUUUUUAGAGGAUCACAGUAGAGGUAUAUGAUGGUUAAGAAGGAGGCUUUAGAUUUGGUUUGCCUAUGAUCCUUGCAUACUGGCUCCUGAUUUGUUUCAGGUGUCUAUUGUAGUUGCAGACUUACAGUGCCUUCCAAAAGCAGUUAAUUUUCUUCUGAUUUUGAAUUGAUUUAUUUGUGCCCCCAAAGUGUUUGAUUUUUAUUCCAAUUUUUAGGUUAUUUGUGCCCCAAACUUUAACAAGUAUAUUAAAGGUACACCGCCAGUUUGGCAAAUCAUUUGACACAAUGAAUUGCACUUAAUGAUUAAUAUUGCAUAUUCCAACAGAAGCUAAAGGAAUAGUUCAGUAGUUCAAUUCAAUCUAUAUUUAAACUGAUUCUUAAGGCAGAUCACAGCCUCAUCAUUUACUAAAACAAAAGAGCAUGACUUUAAAGACCCAUAAAAGUCAUCAAUAUGACUUUGUGUGAUGAACAAACCAAAAUUGAAGCUGUUAUUCAGUGAUAAUGUUCAGUUCCAUUGAGACUGGGUCAUGAACACGCUUAAAAAUAAAAGGUUCCACAAAGAACCUUUCAGUGAACAGUAACUAAAAGAAUUUUUUUUAGAAUAAAAAAAAAAACAAAAUUAGAUAGAUAGAUAGAUUUCUGCAUUUGAAAGGUUCCAUGGAUGUUCAAGGUUCUGCAUAGAAUCCUAAAUGCCAAAAAAUAAUCUUUAUUUUUAAGAGUGAAGUCAGUCAGUUCUGGAACAAUUCAGGGAUGACUUGUUGUAUAGUCCAAUUUGUAAACCUAAAAUAACACUCUACAACAACAUGAGAGUGCAUAAAAACAAUGGCAGAAUAUUGUUUUGGAUGAACUGAUCUUUGUAAAUGACUUCCCAUACUUUGCUAUUUACGGACAUCACAGAACACGGCUGAUCGUUCCCUGUUGAUGUUCUGCCAGAUCUGUACAGAGGCCAUAAGCAGAACCUGCAUGUCUAGGGCAGACUUUGUGGUCAGUUUUCUUCCUUAGUAUGCAAAAGGUCUAAAAUGUACUGUUAUUUUUAACCUGCACGUAGUUUAACAUUCUGGAGAACUUAAGGAGUUCUUGAUAGUCCACAAGUAAAUUCUGGAGUUAAUCUCAGAUCCACAGAUUUGUUUACAGAGAAAAAUCAAUUUAAAUACAAAACUUCUUUAAAUUGCUUUUGGAGGGUAGUGUAUGUGUUCUCAUAAUAACAGCUCAGGCUUAUCAAGUGUAUUGUUUGAUUUAAUAAUUUAUUUAGAGUACAAUUUGUCUGUUCUAUUGUACCACAGUAGAAUGAAGUGCCAUAAUUAUGAUGCUGAGCCUUUGUUAUUGUGCGAACACACAGAUACACCGAAGACAUAUGUGACCAAAAAACUGUUGAACAGUGAGCUGGAGGGAAAGACUUGAUGCUGAAGCUCAUAUUAGAGAUAUAUGUAGUGUAGAUACUGCAGUAGAGAUGAAAAAAAAAUGGUACAGGAGAAAAUAUUUAGCUUUUUCUUAUAUUGAGCUGGAGAAAAAGAAAAAAAAACUGUUAAAAUAUUUACUUUUAUAUUAUGACAUGCAGAAAUAUUAAUUAUUAUAUAUAUAUAUAUAUAUAUUUCUGUUAUAUAAAACUGAUUUUUAAUGGCCUAUACUCUAUGUGCCUCCACACACACACAACCGGACAUAAGCUAAAUCAGUGAGGAUAAGGAGUAACGAUUUCACUUAGGAAGUCCUGCACAUGUUUAUUUUGUGUAUAUAUGAUUCAUAGUAGGCCUAUACAUGAUGUAGUCAAUCUUAACACUGUGGUUAGCAACAUGCCAUUCUUCUAUAUGUAAAGAUAUCGCCUUAUUGAGAAAUAUCAAGUAUUAUACAACUCUUCUGCUGCUGCCAUUGCUGUGAAACCAGCAUGUUCAUGUUUUAAUGGAAAUGUCUUAAGCUCUCAUGGUACGUUGUGUACGAUAUGCAUUUAAGCUUCGCUGAAUGUGCUGCUCCUAUCGCUUUCCUUCUCAUGUAGCAUUUUCUUAUGAAUCUCUGUCUUUUGCGAAAUUCUGAAAAUGCAUAGGCAGUUAAAUGCCUGUCUGUACAUGCAAGUUGACGAAUGCAGAUGAUAUAGACAUGCUAGUACAUUUAAUCUUCUGUACGGUUAGUCCUGUAUGUGACUAGAUAGUUUUUGGAGCAGUUUUGUGCCAAUUUUUGAUCAAAUGAUGUAUUUGCCUUAUUGAUGCACACUGCUGAGCAUUACUAGAGACAUUAUAAAGAACUUGAUUCAGGUUUGUUAUUGAAACGUUUGUACAGUUUGCUAUUUGGAAAUGGUUGAAUUCCUCAUACCUCAGAUGAUCUUAAUUUUCAGCAUUUGCUUUGUUCUGUUUUCUUCAAUUUCAUAACGAUAGCUUCAAAUUAUUAGAUUAUCUGUAGCCAUAUGCUGAUGGUUGUUUCAUGUUUUAUGUAUAGACAUGGACUGUUAAGUUCAUCUUGUUGCAAGUAAUACUAGUAUACUGAAUGUGUGUACUGUGCACUUGGGUAUUACUGUGAAAAUAUAUGUUUCGGCUUUUCAAGCAUCAUUUCCCUCAAGGUGAGGACGGACUGGUAAAAAAUAAACAGAAAUAGCCAUGAACACAAGA